AUGAUCCGCUCCCAAGCGCGCAAGUGUUCCAGACGAUUCAUCGACGCCGAGGUUUUCGAUGUCUCCGAGAACUCGACAAGAGAAGAUGUUGCCGAAACUUUCGACUCGUCUAUCAAACCUGUCAUGAACAUGUUAGAUGCAAUGUUUCAGAGAUUCCACACAAAACAUCCACUAUUACACGGGAUAGGACCUAAGAUCGCCGAGAUUCUCCUUGUGGGAGGGAGCAGUGCCUCUCCAUAUCUCAAGCAAAAGCUUCGCGAGCGCUAUAGUUACGACCAAACGGCAACAAGGCCAUACUGUGUGACUGUCCGAGCGACGGAUAGGAAUGGGAUGAGCGCUGAAACUUGCAUCGCACAGGGAGCAAUAUUAUUGAUGAUGGAUAGCCAUUUCGUAACUGAAAAGGUUAUCAAACGAGGAUAUGCCGUGCAAGUGGAUGCGGAGAGCAAGCCAGGGGAUCGAAUCAAUAGACUUGAGGGUGAGCGAAUAGGCCAUUAUCAUGAGGCGCCUGGUCCCGAAGGUUGUUGGCGUGGUCUAUUCUUAGACGAAAAGACAGACUCUGGCUGGGUUCUUGAAGAGUCGGUCUUCUAUUCUGAUCGCCUGUCGGAAGACGGACUUUGGAUCGAUCAUCCACACAACAAAGACAUUCGUCGCUGCGGCGUACUUAAAGUACAACUUACGGAGGAGGAUUGCGCCGCUUUCUAG